ACUCCUGCUGGUCCUCGCAGAAGAGAGAAAGCGAGGUGGACUUAGAUAUUAUUAUAUAGCCCAAUUCUUCCUUGCCCACCCAUUUCUCCUGCGAAAACCGCUCCAGUUGCUUACAUCCACCAGGAAACUAGGUCUAUUUGUUUGUGGUGUGAGUAUGGCAGUGGUGAGUCGUCUUUGAAACUUAUACUUCACCCCACACGGGCUGGGACAGGACAAAAAAGUGGAGAAUAAACAGUCACAAUCUCAAUUAAUUUUUAGACAAGAUGGGUCAGCUCCCCACCCGAAAAUAAUUUAUUUAUUUAAUCCCCCCCAAAAAAUAUUGACCUGUGAUCCAUAACACGCAACUCUUUCUUUUUUUCUUCUUGGGGUAGUCGUUUUUAUGUAAGAAUAAUAUUUAGCUAGGUAGGUGUCGUGUGUCCUUGUGGAAGUGGGCACUAUUUAUGUAGUUUAGGUGGGAAUAAGUGGAGGAGGUGACAUAGGUCAUAGAUUUUUUCAGAGUCGUGGGUAAUACUUGGAAAAGGUAUGACCUUCGACAAGCCCCGUCAUAAUAAUUCCCCACCGCCGCCACCACGACGGGUUGUUGUCCUUGCUUCAAUUAAAGUUGUGUUCAGUGCUGCAGGAAAGGAAAAAGUUGGUGGUUUGCAGAGAGAAAAUGUUUGCAAAAAUUGUCCCCUCCACUAAUCAAUCGAGUAUAGUCUGCAAAAAGAAAAUAAGAGGAGGAUGUCCAUUCGUGCAUGUGCUUUUCCCCGAGUUUUUGUUCUUUGAAGAACUGUAAACUUUGCCUUUAAUACAAAUAUAUGUACAUCUAGUGCCCUCUCAACCAUUACUCAGGUUAGUGGGAAUAGUAGUAAUAAUAAUUAAGAAUAAUAAUAAAAAUAAUAAUAGCACAUAAGUGAUCCUCAAAAUAAGAUCACGAUUAAUAAGUGAGCACAAUAAAUAUGACUACUUUCUUCUUCUUCUUCUUCCUGGCGAAAAAAAAUAACACAACAAUUCUGCACAUUUUUGGCCUCUGAGUCCACUUUUCUUCCGAGGAGAAAGUGGAACAACGAAUCGGAUCUAUUAAAAGUAAAAAAAGUAAGCAGAGAUAGAUACAAAAAAUAAUAACAAACCGACAUAUGCACCUCCUCUGAUCGAGAACAACCUCCAUUAAUUGCUGGGAAGUGAGGAAUGAUUGACCCCAGUUCUUCUGAGGAGGACAGCGAUGAUGGUCAUCAUGAAGCACCGGUCACACACCACGGUCACGGUCGGGGAGGCCGUGACCUUCACGCCGAGCCGCCGAGGGAGAGUCUCGACGUGCCGAACAAAGUGGGCGGUGGGUCGCACCGCUCCCUCUCACCAAACUCGACCGCCUCCUCGGACACGUUGGGCGGUGGGGGUGGUCAGGUGGGCAGUCUGGGGUCGGGAACGAGCAGUAUCGGUGCGGGGGCUGCGAUGCGAGGUGGUGGUGGAGCCAUCCAUCAACGACCCACGUCCCCCUCGCCCUCGCUCGUGUCGGAGAAAACUGUCACGGACUCGAUCGACCCUCAGGAGAAGCAGGAGAGGGAAGAAGAGCUGCGGAAAUCACGACUGCAAUUGUAUGUCUUCAUCUCGAGAUGUAUAGCUUACCCUUUCAACGCGAAACAGCCGACAGACAUGACAAAAAGACAUACGAAAAUAACCAAGGCCCAGUUGGACACUAUCCUGUCCCGUUUCCAGGGUUUUCUCAAAGGCGACACUCAAAUCGCGGCCGACGAAGCGUUUCAAAAUGCAAUCUUAAACUAUACAGAAGUCUUUCUAAAGUCGGAACGAGUCCUCCGGAUGGUUCAAGCGGGAGCCUGUUCGCAUCACGAUUUUAGAGAAGUAUUCAAAAGCAAUGUGGAGAAACGUGUUCGAUCCUUACCUGAAAUUGAUGGUCUCAGCAAGGAGACCGUCCUGGCGUCCUGGAUGGCCAAAUUCGACUGCAUUUUAAAAGGGGACGAGGACACGAAGCGAACCCGGCUCCAACCAUCCAUGCACACCGAACUCAUCCUCCUCUCCAAAGAACAACUUUACGACAUGUUCCAACAAAUUUUAGGUGUAAAAAAGUUUGAACAUCAACUCCUAUUUAAUGCCCUUCAGUUGGACUCUGCUGACGAGCAGGCUGCCGCAAUUCGUCGCGAACUUGACGGUCGGCGUCAGAAGGUGUCAGACAUGGAACGCAAUCGAAAACUAAUGCCGCGAUUUGUUCUCAAAGAGAUGGAAUCGUUGUACAUUGAAGAGUGCCGAUCUGCAAUUAACAUGUUGAUGGCAAACUUGGAAUCGCUUCCAGUAUCGAAAAGCUCAACCGACUCAAAAUACGGCCUUCCAAAACUGAAAAAGUAUAAUAAUAGGAGAAGCUCAGUGUUAAGGUGGUCCAGAUCUCAGCUUUCUUUGGCCAAACUGGAGGGGGACUCGGGUGAUGGGGACUCGCAGUUGAGUAAAAUGGACGUCGUCUUGCCUUUCACCCUGGAGGUGGUCGUGAUGGAGGUUAAAGGCCUAAAAUCCCUCGCUCCUAACCGCAUCGUCUACUGCACGAUGGAGGUGGAAGGAGGGGACAAACUGUGCACGGAUCAGGCGGAAGCAUCCAAGCCGAUGUGGGAUACACAAGGAGAUUUUAGCACUAAUCACCCACUGCCUGCAGUGAAAGUAAAGCUCUUGACGGAAAAUCCUGGCAUGUUGGCCCUGGAAGAUAAAGAGUUGGGGAAAGUGGUUUUACGACCCACUCCACUUACUUCAAAGGCUCCAGAGUGGCAUAAAAUGACUGUUCCUAAAAGCGCGGCGGAUCAAGAUCUAAGAAUCAAGAUUGCAUGCAGGAUGGAUAAACCUUUGAACAUGAAGCACUGCGGAUACCUGUACGCAUUGGGGAAAGGCGUUUGGAAAAAGUGGAAAAAGAGAUAUUUUAUUCUAGUUCAAGUUUCGCAAUAUACUUUUGCAAUGUGCUCUUACAAAGAGAAAAAAUCCGAACCUACCGAAAUGCUACAACUUGACGGGUACACCGUCGACUACAUCGAAGCUGCCAGUGCCAAUUUAAUGGUGGGAAUGGAUUUGGAGGGGGGUCGCUACUUUUUCAAUGCCGUGAAGGAGGGAGAUAGUGUUCUUUAUGCCUGUGAUGAUGAAAACGAGAGCCACUUGUGGGUCAUGGCCAUGUACCGGGCGACAGGCCAGGCUCACAAGCCAGCCCCACCCUUAACACCUGCUGCGAAAAACUCGACAAUUUCCAAACUUCAAGGAGACGCCGAUCGAGCCAGGAAGCACGGGAUGGAGGAGUACAUUUCCGCCGACCCUUGCAAAUAUGACCAUCACAAUUUAUUCAAGUGUGUACAGACUCUCACCUUAGAUUUCCGGUUGGCCGACCCGUACUGUUCUCUGGGCUGGUUCAGCCCCGGUCAGCUCUUCGUGUUGGACGAGUACUGCGCCCGGUACGGCGCGCGCGGCUGUUACCGCCACCUCGUCUACCUCAGUGAUUUACUGGAUCGAGCGGAACGCGGAUUAUUAAUCGAUCCGACCUUGAUCCAUUAUUCGUUUGCAUUUUGUGCAUCUCAUGUACAUGGAAAUAGGUCAGACAUGCCGGAUGGGGUGGGUACGGUUACGCAUGAGGAGAAGGAAAAAUUCCAGGAAGUCAAGGAGAGGUUGAGGGUCCUCUUGGAAAAUCAAAUUACAAAUUUUCGCUACUGCUUUCCCUUCGGACGUCCGGAAGGUGCUCUCAAAGCUACACUUUCCCUUCUCGAAAGGGUUUUAAUGAAAGACAUUGUGACCCCGGUUCCUCCAGAGGAGACUCGAGCAGUCAUAAAAAAGUGCCUGGAAAAUGCAGCCCUGGUGAAUUAUACGCAGCUGUCCAACGAAGCCAGACUUGAUGCUCCAUCUUGUCACGUGGUGGAUGACGAACUUGAUCCCGACAGUCAGCAAAUUAUUCCAGGAAAACGGCUAGAAGAACUGAUCCACUUGUCGGAACUGUGUGUCGAUCUGCUCCAGCAGAACGAGGAUCAUUAUGCCGAGGCUUUUCGUAAAGGGGAAAAAGCAUUCGCGUGGUUCAGCGAUUUGUUGGUGGAACAUGCGGAAAUAUUUUGGUCCCUCUUUGCCGUCGAUAUGGAUCAAGUUUUGGCCGAGCAACCACCUGACACUUGGGAUGCCUUUCCGCUAUUUCAAAUUCUCAAUGAUUACCUUCGAACGGACGAUAACCUGAAGAACGGGAGAUUUCACCAACACCUGCAAGACACGUUUGCCCCACUGGUGGUCCGCUACGUGGACCUCAUGGAGUCAUCGAUCGCUCAGUCGAUCCACAAGGGAUUCGAAAAAGAACGGUGGGAGUUGAAAGGAAAUGGGUGUGCCACUUCGGAAGAUUUGUUCUGGAAGUUGGACGCCCUCCAAGCGUUCAUUAGAGAUUUGCACUGGCCAAAUCCAGAGUUUGGGAACCAUUUGGAGCAACGACUUAAGCUUAUGGCCUGUGAUAUGAUAGAGUCGUGCAUUCAAAGAACUGAGUCUGCUUUCCAGUCCUGGUUAAAGAAGGGGGUCACGUUCGUUUCCACGGACUACAUCAUCCCCACGGAGAUGUGCGCCAUGAUCAAUGUCAUCCUGGAUGCGAAAAAUCAAUCGUUUAAACUCUGUGCGGUGGAUGGGAUUGAUGUGCAUCAAUACCACACCAAGAUUGACGAUCUCAUCGAGAAGACUUCAGCCGCCAUGACGCAAGGAUUAAUUGCAAAGCUCAUUUCUGUUUUAGAAAGUUCGGUGUCAAAAUUGGGAAGAUAUGAUGAAGGAAGUCUCAUUGGCUCAUUGUUAAGUCUUACGAAUGUGUCAGGGUCUGGGAAAGAGUUGGGACAGGCGUACGUAAACUUUACUCGAAAUUGUAUGGACCAAAUCCGUGGGAAGGUUGUGGACGAAUUGUGGAUUCUGAACUUCUUCGAGCAAUGGUACACGGCGCAGAUGCAGAUGUUAUGUACGUGGUUAUCGGAAAGGUUGGAUCAUGCACUGCACCCGUAUCAGUGCACCUGUUUGGCACACAUUGUCAAGAAACUUUACUCGGAUUUUGAGCUGCAAGGCGUAAUGGAGGAUAAGCUUAAUGGCAAAACCUAUCAAUCGGUUGCUCAGAGAAUGAAUACUGAAGAAGCUACUUGUGCAUUAACGAUGGGAUCUCGACGGGACGACGAAGAUGGGGAAGGUCACGAGGAAACGGAUCGUCUCAAAACCAAGAUCACCAUCCCUCGUCAUGAUGAUGGCAAUUAUGUCGAGAAACUUACUGCAGCUACCUCCGGUGUAGUGGGACGGAUGGGGAACGUCGUGGGGAAAGGACUUGGCGGAUUAACGUCCAAACUUGGGAGUGGCUCAUGGUUUUAAAAAACUGAAUAACCCAAUAUUUUUAUUAAAAACGGACAAUAUAUCAUCACGACAUCAUCAUCAAUCAUCAUCGCAUCGUCGUCAUCGCAUAAGAAAAAAUAUGGAAAAAAUAUAUCCAAUUGUGCGUCGUUCUGAAAUUAUUGAUGUGAUAAUUUACCAACCAACCAACCAAAAAAAUUAUAACCAACUCCUCGCAUAAUUGGACUAUCAUAUCUCAUCUUCAUCAUAAUCACACAUCCUCGUCGUAUGUACCUCGAAGAAAAUGUCUGAUUACCGUACUGACUAUUGUACUCAUAUAACCGCUUCAAGACGAAGAACAACAACACCAAAGCCAAAAAAAGUAUGAUUAACAAACCCAAACAGAGUUUUCCAUAUCAAAAAAAAGUGAUUGGAUUUGAUGCACAAAUUUAAUCUAAAAAUUCAAUUUUGUCCUAAAAAAAUUAUAAAACAAACACAAAACCUCGCACAGGACAAGAAGAAAUGAAAAUACGUCGAUAAACGAAUACUGUCCCAGUUAAAGAAUGACACCACACAAAAUGCAGACAUCACCACCACAUAAUUUGUUGUGGGUAUCAUUUCCGACAUUUUCGUAGCAAGAGAUACAAAUAUUUUUUUCCUAUGAAUACAUGUAAUUUCACGACAACGAAUUUUUUAUGCAAUUUCAUUAUCGCUUCGUAUAAGAAUUAAGUGAACUACUUUUUUCUCUUAACAAAAAUGGAAUCCUUAUAUUCACUCUGAUAUAAAAUGUUAUACGAAUGUGUAUAAGCUCCUCACACACAAGUAUGUAAUAUAAUAUUCAUAUGUAUGUAUAUAGAGGCCCAGAAAGAGCGAACUAAUAUCCGUGAGUUGUUGUAUUGACCAAGCCGUUUAUACGUUUCAGCCAGCAAUCAUUUUUUGAAACUUAAAUAAUUUUAUGACUUUAUAAAAGAACGCGCAGCAACAACAAACAAAAACAACAAUAAUAAAAUGAUGAACGAAAUACUUUCUCCCGAAAGUGUAUCGAACUUUUAGGUCUAGGCGGUAGGUAGGUAGGUAGGUAGGUAGAUGCAUAGGUAUUAAAAACGUAGCGUAUACGUAGACCUAGAUAAGGUACCAGGACACAUACCAUAAGAUAAGCCAGGUACGUAAUAUUGAUGUUCAAAAUGCAAAGUCAUUUACUUAUAGGUUUUGUUUUUCGUAUUAUUUUUAUUAUUACUGCUUCUUGGCGAUGAAGACGAAGACGAGGAAGAAGAGGAGGAGAUAAUAAACACAAAAUAAUACAAAGUUAUGAAACCUCAUAAUUAUACUCACGAAACAUUAUGAAUACCAAUAUUAUUAUUAAUACCGGAAAAGAAAGUACAUAAAAUGAAAUGAGUUCUAUCUAUGCCACACCAUAUACAUCAUACAUACAUUCAUAAAUACACUAUUACAUUAGUGAUAGUUAGUUAAUUAUAAUUAAUUAAUUGAUUAUAGAUGUAUCAAUCAGUUGCCUUUAGACAUGUAUUGGACCUAUGGUGUUGAGUAAACCAACGGUGACCUUUGACUCAAUUAGCAUGUAUACAUUACUUAAUUAAUUAUUAAAUCGUGACACACUUUAUAAGUUGCUGCAACCAUGAAAGAAAAGAAUGAAAACAAUGGAGGAGUAAAAAAAAAAAAAAAACAACAAUGAACCGAAAUAAUAGUCCUGUUAAAAAAAUAUCUUACUAUUUAAUCUACACUGAAAAAAAUCAAUCGUAUAGCCGAAUCGAAAUGCCGUUGAAAUUAACAAUGCUGGGCAACAAAGAGUCAGAAUGCAAUGCCUCAGUCAACCAUUUCAAAAAAAUCUUUAAAAAAGCUAGAUUACAAAAAAUUAUUAUUUGCAGCGUAAAAAAAUAUGUGAAGA